GCUAGCUAAUAAUAAUAAUAAUAAUAAUGUACAUUUCUGCUCAAUGUUUUAAUAAUGUAUAUUGUAUAUUAUGUUCUGUAAUGUUAACCAACCGUUGAAUUGUUUCAUCCAUCGCUGAAAUAUCGACAUUUAGCCAGCUUUCUGUUCAUAUGCACUGAUUGAUUUGUGAUUUUGAGUACUUGGUGCCAUGGGCAAAUCAACAGUAAUGCGAACGUCGCCAUCGUGUUCAAUGUAUAAACAAAUCACUAGGGUGAAUGUUAACUAGCCAGUCAAUCAUGCAUUCCAAACAAUGCCUUUGACUGUCAAAUUCGAACGCAACGUUAGCAACAACACAAAGGCAAGCCCAAAACAAAAGCCACCUGCAACGGUACUUAGCUAGCGACUAUUAGCUGUGUUAACUCAUCUGUCAAUGAAGUGUCAUUGAUUUGUGUUAGCCACCUCAUCAUCAUUCAGCAACCAACCAACUCGUCUAGAGUUACAGCAUCACACGUUAGUUAUAAAAUACUGGCCAAUGCAAUGGCUAAUCUCAUGCGUGUACCAUAUCUAUUUCAUUUAUUUGUUUAUCAUUUUGCUUGUUUUUAAAAAUGUUUUUUUACAGUACUACUGAUAUUGAUUACUUCAUUGUAGGGAAAGAGCAAUAAAGGCAUUUCACUGUACUUGUGUACAAUAAAACUUCACUUGAGAUGAAAAAGUUGACAGUGGAGAUGUGGGCAGAAGAACACAUGAAUGAAUACUGGAUUUAUGUAGGGAUUUAGAGGGACAGUUUGAGCAGAGCAUGGACAAGAUACCCUGCAGGUAGAGGGCAAGUGCUUUAACUUUUGUGCCAUAAAUACUCAGACAUCAGUCUUGGCACCCUUGUCCUAUGGUUUGAGUAGAGCAGCCCUGACUGAGAUGAACUGGGACAACCAGCUGAGCUCCAUCCUCUCAGCAGCUGAUGGCAGUGUUGCCAAGAUGAGGGAGAGACUGACCACGCCAGGGAAUUAUCCAAAAGGAAGAGAAGUAGAUCUCUAUCCAGUCAGGGAGGUGGCUAGUGUGUCAAAUUUGGAGCUCCCUCGUCUCCCCCCUCUCCCCAAGUCCUCCAUCUCUCUCCUCCCCCCUCCCUCCUCCGCUGUGCAGUGGGCAGACCUGGCAGCCGUCCAAUCACAACUGCAGAUCCAGAGCCAGGCCAUAGAGUCUCUGACCCAAAGUCUUCAUGACAUGGACAGAGAGAGACACUCUCAGCAGCGCCACAUACAGGCACUACAAGAUGAGGUUCGCAGGCUGCGAGAGCAGGCGAUGGAGAGAGAGCGGGAACAAGAAAGUGAUGGAGAGAGGAGAGGGUCAGGGAUGACUAGUCCAGAAGUGGAGAGAAGGAUGGACCAGUGGAGGAGAGAUGUGGGCCGUGAGCUCAGCACUCUGAGAAGGCACAUCACCAGAGCCACAUCACAAGGCAACCUGGAGGAGAGUUUCUGCUCUAAGCUGCGAAGGGAGGAGUUGGAUCAUUUGAGGAGAGAGGUGGACACACUCAAAACCCAGCUCAGGAGGCAGGAGGAGGACAUGUUUCUUCAGCAGUCGGAGGCCAGAGAGACGAGGAGGCAGUAUGAACACAGCUGCAAGACACUAGAGGAACUAACAGACAGCUACAGAAACCACAGCUUUGACCUGGCCAAGACUGUUUCUCAAUACACACACACAGAGCAGGAGGUCCGCCAGAUCAGGAUAACUGUAUCGGAGCUGAAGGACGAGAUCAGGAGUCUGAUUCUCCGGGAGAGACACACUCCUACUGUUACACUACACACAGCAGUUCCAGCAUUAGCUGCCUUCUCCCGCUGUAAAGAUGCCAGGGGUCAAAAGGCAGCGCCAGACUCGGACUCUGACGACUUCAGUCCCACCCCCAGUCUGGCUGAGGUCAGCUCUGAUGACCUGUCCUGGCUGGAUGACAGAGACACAGCUCCUCCUCUAGCAGUACCUCGGGUACAUCAGAGCUCCCAUUCUGCAGGACAUGACCUCAGAGGACCAGGAAGUGGCCUGGACGAUGAUGAUCUUGAUGAUGAUGAUGGAAACCUGGAGUUGGGGUCAGACAGCCCCCCCGACCUCAGCCUCAAUGACCUUUGAGAGGCUUUGUCAUGCCAGUGUUCUAGAAUGCUAUGAGUUCUUUCUUUGAGAAGUUUUUGGGCACGAACCUCAAACCCUGACUAAAGAGGAUGAUGAAAAGGCUGAACUCUGCUUGAGAAAAAGAAAGCACCUUAUUUUAAAAACUCCUAUGUGAUUAUGCUCUGUCUUGUGUCAGUGUUUUUUGGGAAAAGGUGUACAAUAGUUUUGUAUUACACACCAAUAGUAUUUAACUCAACAGUGUGGCAGCAUUCUGUGAUUGUCUUAAUGAAUUACAUCUGGGGAAAGCUUUGAUUUCACUGACGAUAUACAACUUGAUGAUCACUGGUGUUUUUGAGUCUGUUAAUAAAACAUAUGGUGGA